AAGACAACACUGUCAAGAUUUGGACAGAAUGGGAUACGCACACUGUUGUACCGUUCUCCUUAUAGUAUUCCUUGCGCUACAACAAUCUGCUGGAUUUUGGCUCUUCGAUGUGGUCUUCCCACCAAGUGCCAAACCUCAAAACAAAGUGGCAAACAAUAGCACUCCGCCGGUUCUUAUAGGUGAGCGUUUCUAUUUCUUGAUUAGUUUGCUGUGAUGUGAUAGGCCUAUUACACCGUGUUAUUUAUCACUGAAUUCGAUUUAUGUUUUAUGUGAUUGUAAUAUCAGUUUGCUUUCAUGCAUACUGAAAGUCCUACAUGUAUUUCACAAGACAGGUCGAUUUUCUGUCUGGAACUUGAAGCCAGUUCCAGGCAGUUUUCUAUGGUAUCUGCAGGUGUUGGUAUGAAUGCUAAGUGAAUCCUAUUGUCCUGGACCAGGGAUAUAUAUUUGAUUCCUAAUGGCAUUGGCUGAGGUUUGGACAUGGGUGAAGAAGCAUACCUUAAUUUAGCAUAAUGGGAGGACAACCAGCCUAUAUCUGUCUGGAGAGGAAAUCAUUUGGGGUUAAUAUUUUUUUAUGUGGGGCAGGAACUGCCAGUGUUUGGAUAUGGGUUGGGGCCUUGGGGCUCGGGAAUAGUUUGUUAUUUUGGCAACACUUCAUUUUAAGGGGUCCUUAUUACAGUGUAAUUGUAUGUGUAAUUACACUGUAACAAGUAUUGUAGUUAAUUGUAAUAACACUGUAAUAACAAAAUGUAACUGGUGGUAAUUGCAGUCUGUAAUUACAGAGGUGUAACAACGAAUGCUUGUUACCAUGCUUGUUAUAAAUGGGCAAGUUUCCACUAAAUGUAGUGUUUUGUUUCUUCUCAGCUGCAUCUGAUUCAGUAAUAACUGUCACAAGGUUGUAAUCUCUUGUGGACAGAUGUGCUGGGUGUCCGGGAUUACAAAGGUUGGAGGCUCAAUAGGCUCUAAUUACCUCCCGUGAAUGCGCACUCUUCAAAAUCUCCACUCAAUGUUCUUGCUAGCGCUUGCCCCCCCCCCCCCCCCCCAAAGUGUAGCAUCUGAGUUAACUUGGUUUACUUUACAAUAACAGAUCAGAUUUAGGCCAGCCUCACUGACUGGGGUCUACCACACGGGUGUCAUCCCAUAUUAUAAUACAAAAAUAAUUUAUAAUUAAUGUGUACGUUACCCAUUAUGACAACCUGAACCUCCUUGCCAUCCAAGUGAGAGGAUAAACCCAUAUGUACACAUUUACAUUUACAUCAUUUAGCAGACGCUCUUAUCCAGAGCGACUUACAAAUUGGUGCAUUCAACUUAUGAUAGCAAGUGGGACAACCACUUUUUUUAAUUCUUUUUUUUAUGGGGGGUGGGGGAAGGAGGAUUACUUUAUACUAUUCCAGGUAUUCCUUAAAGAGGUAGGGUUUCAAGUGUCUCCAGAAGGUGGUCAGUGACUCCACAGGGUACAUGUAAUAUCUGCAUAAGUACAAUGUAAUUACCAGGCGUUACACAGGAUUAGGUUCUUAAAAUGAAGUGUAUCUUGAGGGGUACUUACUUGUAAUUAUUGUGUACUUAUAUAGUACAUUACCCAUCCUGACAACCUGGCCCUUAUUUUAAGGCUUCCGGAAGUACCAUCCAAGUGAGAAAAUAAACACACUAGUACCUACAGAGUACAUGUAAUAUCUGCACAAGUGCAAUAUAAUUACUAGACAUAACACAGGAUUUAGCUAGUUAAAAUAAAGUGUAUCUUGAGGUGUACUUACUUGUAAUUAUUGUGUACCUACAAAGUUCGUUACCCAAUCUGACAAUCUAAUUGUCAGCUUCUGAAAGCGCAAUCCAAGUGAGAAAAUAAACACACCAAUACACCACAGAGGAUCUGUAAUAUCUGCAUAAGUACAAGGUUGUCGCUAGUUACACUGCAUAAUUACUGCAGUACAAAAAACUGUGUUAUUUUGGAUGCAGUAUUUGCAGCAUACUGCAGUUAUACUGCACUCUAACUGUUAUCUUUUUUCGCAAGGGAAGUGAAGUGUAACUUUAUAGUUACCCAUGAGCAAUUUCUAUAUAAUUACUUAUUACUCAUUACCAAAUGAAAAUACCUACAAACAAAAUAUGAACUUCUACUUUAGUCAACUUUAUUGCAACAUGUAAAAAUACCUUACAUUUCUUACAAAUAAUAACGAUUUGUUUUGUUUGUUUAAUCUAAUUAGUCAAAUUAUUACUCUAAGAUAUAUAGACCCACUCAAUAACAUAAAAAAACGAUUCUAGUGGUGACUCAAAUCUGUAGCCUACAGUAUGGUGAGUAGCCUAGAAAGCUAGCCAAUUUUUUUUUCUUUUUCUUCCCUUUUUAACAUUACAAGUAACAAUGGAAAUUGACCACUCUGUCUUCAUCCGUUUCUUUCUUGUUAACAUUUUCCCAUCCUGGAGUCUGAGACCUUGUGGGAAUCAGUGGUAGAGAAGAAGAAUGUAUGACAACUUAGCAGAGGCACUAUACAUUACCCCUAAUUCUCAUCAUCAUGAUUUCUAUAGUUUAGGCAUAUAGCCAGCUAAGCCUAGCUAGUUGUUGUGUUAUCAAGCUAGCAAUAAUAGUGCUUGUGUUGACACAAGUAGUUAACUAGCUAGAUAAUGUUAACAUGCUGGGUGUCUCACAGUGCAUUCGGAAAGUAUUCAGACCCCUUGACUUUUUCCACAUUUUGUUACGUUACAGCCUUAUUCUAAAAUUGAUUGAAUAAAACAUUUUCCUCAUUAAUCUACACACAAUACCCCAUAAUGACAAAGCAAAGGUAUUAAAAAUAAAAAACAGAAAUACCUUAUUUACAUAAGUAUUCAGACCCUUUGCUAUGCGACUCGAAAUUGAGCUCCGGUGUAUCCUGUUUCCAUUGAUCAUCCUUGAGAUGUUUCUACAACUUGAAUGGAGUCCACUUGUGGUAAAUUCAAUUGAUUGGACAUGAUUUGGAAAGGCACACACCUGUCUAUAUAAUGUCCCACAGUUGACAGUGCAUGUCAGAGUAAAAACCUAGCCGUGAUGUCGAAGGAAUUAUCCGUAGAGCUCUGAGACAGGAUUGUGUCGAGGGACAGAUCUGGGGAAGGGUACCAAAACAUUUCUGCAGCAUUGAAGGUCCCCAAGAACAAAGUGGCCUCCAUGAAAUGUAAUAAGUUGGAACCACCAAGACACUUCCUAAAGCUGGCGGCCCGGACAAACUGAGCAAUCGAGGGAGAAGCCUUGGUCAGCUAACAUUAGCUAGCUAGCAAACGCUAGCUAACUACCUACGCUAAAUUGUCUAGCAGAAUUAAUGUAUCCAAAAAAGCAAAACAAAUUGUAUGGAAAACGAAGGUUACGUAUGUAACCAGGGUUAUGUGAGCUAUAUGGAUCACUCCAAUAUAUUGGUAACACUCCGCGGCGGAGGGAUACAGCCGAGGUGAGGAUUUACAGAUUUACUCCUGUGUACACCUGUGUCACGGCUGGGGUCCGCCCCUAUAUAUAGACCCCAUGGCCGCGACACACAUUCUCUACAUCAUCUUUGAGGCGCCUCUAGCACCGUAGAGGAUUGGAGCGAUCCAUAUAGCUCACAUAACUGUGGUUACAUACGUAACCUCCGUUAUGUUUCACUAUAUUGGAUCACUCCAAUAUAUUGAUAUACCUGUACCAGAUUUAGUCGGUCCUAGAGGGACCUGGCCAGCUAGCGGCGAAGUCCCAGCGCGGAACCGAGACGCAGGGGCCAUCAAUGUGGAAGGGGGUCCCGGCACAGUCCCCGGAAAGGGAGGCGACGCCCAGGACCGCUGAACCAACCGCAGAGGGAGGUACCACAUUUACCCGAUAGUACCUAGCAAAGGUGCAAGGGGAAGCCCAGCUGGCUAGAACACAGAUAUCAGCAAGGGGCACUCCUCUCAGUAGAGCCCAGGACGUAGCCACACCUCGUCUUGAAUGUGCCACCACAGAUCCCAGCACUGGCCUGCCAGCCAGGCGGUAUGCUGUCGUAAUCGUGUCCAUGAUCCAGUGAGAGAGCCUCUGCUUUGAUAGCCCAGCCCCCAGGACUCUCUCACCAUAGCAGACAAAGAGCUGGUCUGUUGUUCUCACUGACCGUGUCCGCUCCACAUAGGCAGCCAGUGCCUGCAUAGGGGACAGCAUGUUGGAGGGAGGCCCAGACUCCCCAGCCACUGCUGGGGGGUCGUAAGCAGACAUGAUAAAAGGGUUCACAUGCCUGUCUGACAGAACCUUCGUGAGGAAUGAAGGGUUGGGGCAGAGAAAUUAUAUACUCCUCCCACCGGUGUCCAUCCAGUAGCACUCAGAACAUACCGAAAAAGCAUGGAGCUCUUCAUGGAAGUAAUAGCUACCAAGAAAACCACCUUCAUAAAGAGGUGUUUCAGGCACACAGACUCCAACGGUUCAAAAGGUGGCUUUGCCAAAGCUGCCAAGACCACAUCCACAUCCCAGCUCGCUAUUGAGUGGGUCCUAGCUGGACGCAGGUGACGAACCCCCUUCAUAAACCUGAAGACCAAGGGAUGGCGCCCCACUGGCCUGUCCAUCCACCCCACAUGGCAGGCAGAUAUAGCGGCCAAAUACCCUCUCAGUCUAGAGGCUGCCAAGCCCUCAUCCAAGCGAGACUGCAGGUAUUGGAGGACAUACUGCACCCCGCAUGACUCAGGCACAACCUCAAUACCAGUGCACCAAGAGCAGAACAACCGCCAGCGCAACUGGUAUGCCGAGGUUGUAGCCGGUGCCCUUGUGCUCUGCAUGGUGUUCAUUAUGCCCUCCUGUAGUCCUAACAUGGACCAUUGGUGCCAUUCAGUGGCCAAGCCCACAGACUGAGGCGGUGCGGUCUCGGAUGCCACAGAGUUCCCCCGGCCUGAGACAGCAGGUUGGGUCUCUGGGGCAGUUGCCAAGGUGUCCCAGACAUCAGGGACAGGAGAAGGCUGAACCAGGGUCGUCUGGGCCAGUAUGGGGCCACCAGCAGCAGCCCUGGCCAAUCAUGAGCCAGAACAUCCAAGCCCAGAUGCCCUGGUGGCUCCGACAUGGAGUACCACAGGGGGCAGUGUGCAUUGCCCAGGGAGGCAAACAGGUCCACCUGCGCCCUCCCAAACUUGUCCCACAGGUGCUGCACCACCUGGGAAUGUAGGCUCCAGUCCCAAGGUGGCAGGCCCUCCCUCGAGAGCAUAUCCGCUGCCACAUUCAGGUUGCUAGGUACGUGCGCUGCGCGUAGAGACGCUAGACGUCCCUUAGCCCAGAGAAGGAGCUCCUGUGCCAUAAGAUGGAGACGGUGGGACCUCAGUCCACCCUAAUGGUUGAUGGAAGCCACCACUGUGGUGUUGUCCGUUCUCACCAGGACAUGUCUUCCGUUCAGAUGUGGAAGGAAAGACCGCAGGGCCAGCAGUACAGCUCUAGUGUAUUGAUGUGCCUGCCGCUCCAAGGGGGUAGCCAACAGCCGCUGGCCGACCUGCCCUUGGUCACACCCCCCCAGCCGAUCUGGGAGGCGUCUGUGCUGACCAGCUCCUGGCAGCACAUCCUCAGCAUCUCCACCACACCUGAGAGAAAGGAGCGACAGCGCCACCUCAACAAUUCUCUGAGGCACUGUGCGGUCACCUGCAGCUGGCGGUGACGGUGGCGCUUCGAACCUUAUCGGUCUGCUCCAGAAUGUCAUCAACCCCUGGACCAAACGUCAGCCCUGGGGUGAUGGGGAGAAGGGCAAAUGUGCUCUUGAGAGCAGCUGGCAGACGGGAUUGUGCCAGCCAGAGAUGGUAACCACCUGCGCCAUGGCCCGUCCAUUGGCACGGGCCACACCCUCUGGAGCAGGGAAAGCAGGCAAGACACCUCUAUCGCUUCCUGGAGGAGCUCCUCUGUGCCCUCCUGCAGCCGGGGCAAUAGAGUCUGCAGGUAGGCCUGCAGCAGCAUGGCCGCAUUGGUCGGAGGGAUAAAUCCUCACAUCGGAUGUAUCCCUCCGCCGCGGAGUGAUACCAAUAUAUUGGAGUGAUCCAAUAUAGUGAAACAUAACUUACUUUCUUUCUCCUGUGUUGACGUUUUUGACCUACAACACUUUGUUUUGUUCGUGGCAAUGUCUGGAUUUUGCACACUGAGCUUCUACUCCAAACUUUUUCACUCAGGCCCCCUUUCCAGCAUUUGGGCAAAAUAAUCUAGUAAAAAAAACGUUAGCUGACGUGUCUGACAAGUUAUAAAUAGCUCUCUAAGGUAUGCAGUGACCAAUUUCGAAAUUGUAUCUUGUGCAUUCUACUAUUAGACAUUUCAAGAGUAAGUUGAAAGCUGGACUGAGUUCCUUAAUUUAUUGUUAUUAUUAAAUGCUAAUUGUGUGUGUGGGGGACCCCCGCACCUGCCCUGCCGACUCCUUUUUAUUUUAUGUGAACCAUUUGUAAACCUGUUUUUGCCAUUGGGCCUGGGCAUCAUACUCCAGAUCUUUAUUGCAGAGUUGUGUCAAUGAGGUGGUCGGUUUUCAAUUGGUUUACACUUAUCACGUGGUUUGUGCAGGCUGAAAUAUGGUGUGUUGGGAUGCUAUCGGAAACUUUUACAUUUGUAACAAGCAUGGAAAUAAGCAUUUGUUGUUACACCCUGUAAUUACAGACUUCAAUUACCACAUGUUGUUAUUACAUUGUAACUAUGAAUUAUUAUAAUUAAUUACAAUAGUUGUUACAGUGUAAUUAAACUGUAAUAAGGACCCUUAAAAUGAAGUGUUACCAAUGUUUAGAUUUUUAUUGGUCAAUGUCUUGUGUCUGUUUGAUGGGACAAAUCACAUUGACAGUUGUGAAACAAGGGAAAACACAAGAAUCUCUACGUUGACUUUGUCUUGCCAUCCUCUUCUUCUCAUCUACCCUUGUUGUAUCCUCUUUUUAAAUGACUUUAUGCUCAUCUGGCUUCUAAGUUCUAACAUUUUGCCACUUUUUACCAGUGCCUGGGAACCUAGGAAACCAGCUUGAGGCCAAGAUUGACAAGCCAAGCCUUGUGCAUUGGAUGUGCUACAAAAAGACAGAUGACUUUUUCACUCUUUGGAUUGACCUAAAUAUGUUCAUGCCAAUUGGGAUUGACUGUUGGAUCGAUAAUAUAAGGUGAGGGGGGAAUAAAUAUGAUCCAUGUCAAAAUAAUUAUGUUUAUAUCUUAUGAUUAAUUAAAUAAUUUCAACUAAAAACACUUAGGGAGCAUUUGCUAAUUGUUCAUUGCUGUAUCAAUAAAUAAUGCACUGUAAUAGAAGAGAGAAGCAUACAACCACAACUCUAUUUUCACAAGUUUGAUUUUGAGUGCGGGGCAUUUUAGUGGUUGGGAUAAUUUCCUUAUGCAAUAACAUUCUGUACAUACUGAAUAUUUCCUGCUACAGAAUUGUAUACAAUAGGACAACUCGCAAGACCACCAAUUCUGCAGGGGUGAUGGUGAGAGUGCCUGGUUUUGGACAGACAUAUACUGUUGAGUUCUUGGACACAAACAAGUUGUCAGGUGAGAACAACCAUAAGGAGGACAACUUUUCCUAUAAUUGUUUUCUUUUUUAUUAUGAUUUCAUUAAAUGAAACCUGUCCUUUUUCAGGUUAUUUUCAUACUAUGGUUACACAUUUGGUCAACAUGGGAUAUGUCCGCAAUGAGACUGUCCGAGCAGCACCAUACGACUGGAGGGUAGCUCCAAGUAAGUGACAUCAUGGACACACACACACCAUCCAACUGACAAUCACUUUCCUGUACAGCAAAAGUACAACUCAUUUAUUGUUUAUGCACACAUGCUUUCAUAUCAUGUGACUGUGCCUAUUUGUCUCUCCUUAUCAGACGAGCAGGAGGAAUACUUUGCACGGCUGAAGAAGCUGGUUGAGGAUAUGUACGAGCAGUAUCAACAACCACUUUACCUCCUGGGACACAGCAUGGGAAGCAAUUAUGUCCUCUACUUCUUAUAUCAGCAGACCCAGACUUGGAAAGACCAAUACAUCAAAGGCUUCAUUUCACUUGGAGCACCCUGGGGUGGGGCAGUCAAGCCCCUUCGAGUUCUAGCAUCAGGUAAUAUACGUCAAAGUCUGGUGGACAGAUUGAAACAACCUUACCUAUAGUAGAAACAUAACAUAACCUGAAAAAACCUGAUAACCGGGUUGAAGUAGUUCUUACUGUCCCAUAAAUCACAUUGACAGUAAUCGGUACAUAUUGUAAAAUCCUUUUACUUGCGAUAAUUCCCACAUCUUCAUUUUCCUGAAAGGGUGGUAGGACUGGUUUGUCUGGAUUACUUUGGCGAGUCACACAUUGGCUAAAGAUUGCCAAGAGAAAAUAAUUUAUGAUAACAAUUGUUUCUGCAGGUGAAAAUGAUGGCAUCCCACUGGUAUCCAACAUCAAGAUCCGGGAGGAGCAGCGCAUGACCACAACAAACCCCUGGAUGCUUCCAUUUGAAGAGGCAUGGCCUGCAGACCACGCUUUCAUCUCCACACCCUCAUUCAACUAUACCCACCAGGACUACCAGCGCUUCUUCAAUGACAUCGACUUUGAGGAUGGCUGGUUCAUGUGGGAAGACACCAGAAACCUGACAGCUGGUCUGCCCCCUCCUGGUGUUGAGGUAUACUGCUUCUAUGGUGUGGGGCUGCCCACACCGGUUACCUAUAUUUACGACGACCAGUUCCCAAAUGUAGACCCUAUAGACUAUGUGUAUGCUGAUGGGGAUGAUACAGUGGACAGUAUUAGCAUGGGUUUAUGUAAGCGCUGGAUAGGAAAGCAAGCACAGCCUGUCCAUGUCAAGGAGUUCAGGGCCAUGCCCCACUUGGAAAUAGUAUUCAAUAGCAAGGUAAUCAACGUAGUCCAGAGUAUCCUGGAGGGAAGAUAUGGGGAAGAGGAUUCUACAUUCCAUGAGACCGAUGAACGUCCCAUUGACUCCGCAGUCAUGCAAGAUCAGGUCCAGCCAUACCAGCCUCCCAAAUCUACACUGUAAGCUUUUGGGGAGAAAAUAAUUCACUCUCCCAAUGUACAUACUAUUACUGAUGCAGUAGCUACUGAGUUGGACUUAUACACUGAGUAUGCAAAACAUGAAUAACACUUGCUCUUUCCAUGACAUAACUGACCAGGGGAAUCUAGGUGAAAGCUAUGAUCC